UCUCCAAAACCUAGCUGAUUAUGGAUGAUUAUGAAGCUACAAGAAUCGUGUUCUCAAGGGUUCAAAAUCUCGACCCUGAAAAUGCCUCGAAAAUCAUGGGCCUCCUCCUCCUUCAAGAUCAUGGCGAAAAAGAAAUGAUCCGAUUAGCUUUUGGCCCUGAAUCUCUAAUCCAUUCUUUGAUUCUCAAGGCCAAAACAGAGCUGAACUUGAACCCAUCUUCUUGUUCUUCAAGACCCAGAAUCAAUCUCCCACCUCUUUCGAUUCCAAUCCCAAAUCCAAACUUUUCAAAUCACCCAGAUGGAGGAGCUGAUUUUGUUGAUGAGUUUCAGAUUCAAGAUCACCUCUGUUUCCUCACCGACGGCUCUGUAAAUGAAAACCCAGAUUUCUUUUACACUAAUCCGGCGGAUUUCCCAGCCAGUCCGACCGACGGCGAUGUGCUGUACGGCGGGGGUAAUUGGGCUGAGGAAUCAGGGUUGGGGCUUGGAUGGCGGCCGUGUUUGUAUUAUGCGAGAGGGUUUUGUAAGAAUGGAAGUGGGUGUAGGUUUUUUCACUCCGGCGGCGGUGAAGUGAGUUUGAUGGCUGAUGGCGGCGGUGGAAGGGCGGAAAUGGUGGACCACUGUUCUGAUAGUCUUCUUCUCCGGUCGAAAUCGGGUUUGCCGCAGAGAUUGGGAAUGGGUUGUUCUGCUAAUAGUAACGGUAACUUUUUUCCAUAUUCGCCGACGGCGGCGUCUGAUUUGCUUCUUCAACAACAGCAAAACGAAAUGCGAAGAGCGGCGGUGGGGUUAUCCAUGGCGGAGGAAUCAGGCAACACAGGGAGAUUCCGGCUGGAAAGAACGGAUUUUUGCGGCGGAGGAAUGGGGAAUCCGGCAGCCAGACAAAUAUAUUUGACAUUUCCAGCAGACAGCAGUUUCAAAGAGGAGGAUGUGUCCAAAUAUUUCAGCAUUUAUGGACCAGUUCACGACGUAAGAAUCCCAUAUCAGCAGAAGAGGAUGUUUGGCUUUGUGACUUUCGUGUACGCAGAUACGGUUAAGCUUAUCCUGGCUAAGGGCAACCCUCACUUUGUCUGUGAUUCUCGUGUUCUUGUUAAGCCUUAUAAGGAGAAGGGCAAAGUCCCUGACAAGUUCAGGAAACAACAACAAUUGGAUAGGGGAGAUUUCUCUUCACCAACUGGUCUCGAUUCUAGAGACCUUCACGAUCUCCAUCUCGGAGCAAGAAUGUUUUACAACACUCAAGACAUGCUAUGGAGGAGGAAACUAGAGGAACAAGCUCUUGAGCUUCAAGCUUUAAGAGUAAUGAGUUUGCAACUUUCUGAUGUUAAAAAGCCUCACCAUCAGCAAACUCCUCUUCCAAUUUGCAGCCCAAUUCCUUCCCCUACUAACACUCCUAAUCCCUUCAAUCAAGCCCUUCUUUUCCAUUCAAUUCCAACCAGCUCACAACUCCUCCAAGAGAAUGGCUCGAACCGCUUACCUGAGGUUCACCUUGAGCCACGAGUGAUGAUCAAUUCAAAUUCGACAGCUGAUAGUGAUAGUAGCAAUGACAAGGAAACCGACUUGCAAGAAACUAGUUUGGAGCAUAAUCUCCCUGACAGUCCCUUCGCCACGGCAUCGUACACGCCAAGUGGCAUCGAGGUCGACGAAUCGGAUGCCUCAACCGACAAUCAUUCUGCAGCUUCAUCCUUCGCUUCGACAUCAAACCUCGGCGCACCCUUCAAAUCCUUCAACUGCCAGUACCCUUCUGGCCAUGGAGCCAUCGGGUUGUAUGCUAGCACGGGCGGACCGACAUGUCGAGUCGGGAUUUAGCUGAUCAUGUAAGUUCUUCUACGUUCUUCAUUUCUCUUCCCUUAAGUGUCUUAAGAGAGCCCACAGUACGAAGGAUCUAAGAAAUUACCACAGGAAUAGCAUUUAAAAUAACAGUAAAAAGAGACAGAGACAUUGAUUGACCUGAAGUUUUGAGUGUUUGGGCACUGUAAUUCUCUUACCAAUGUAAAUUAUUAAUCUUACAAGGUGAAUUCAUAAGCCAACAUGGUCAAAAUUCAGUCAUCUUUGUAUAUGAGAAGUGUUAAUGAUAAAAUUGGAUGAUAUUAGAAAUAUUGGUAAAUUUGAUAUUAGUAAUUGUAAUA